AUGGAGCCAGCGCUGGCCAGGGGUGAGAUCCGCUCAACACCUCCAGCCUCGGCCACACCACCACCCCAACGACCUCCAGCACCUCCUCCUCCAACCUCCAUCGGGCCAUGGCUCAACAACAUCGCCGGCGACCCCAAGGGCAAGAUCAUAGGCGAAUUCAACGAUAUCCGUGGUGAUGUGGCAGAUAAGCUCGCCGAGAAGCUGGGGAUCCAUCAGUGA